ACCAUGUACAUACGGUACAUGUGAGCCCCUCAGUUGCGGUAAUCUAGAUAACGUUCAUGUAAAUAGGGUUUCAAGGAGACUGCCAAACUCCGCUCGUGCAUAAGUCACUCCCACGAUGCUUUCCACUCACUUGUAGACUGAUAUAAUACCACGCGUCAGGCAAAUUGAAGUCAGCUUCAAGAAAAAAGCAUUAGUGAACUGUCAGAAUUAGCCCAAAUACCUGGCGAAGAUGGCUACAUGUAAAGAGGUCGAAUUUAAGACUCUAGACGGUCUGAUCCUCCGUGGCACACUGUACUCAAGCGGCGAGCCUCAGAGUCCUGCCGUGAUAAUGACUCCAGUGUUCAACACAACGAAAGAGAUGUUUUUACCAAAAUUGGCACAGUACUUUCAAGAAUCAGGGAUCGCGUCUCUCGUGUACGAUCCGCGGACAAUUGGUGCGAGUGAGGGUCAACCACGAAACAACAUCGUGCCGGCCCUCCAGAUAUCAGAUUAUUCUGAUGCCUUGACUUUCAUCAAAUCCCUACCGGAGAUAGAUUCUAACAGGAUUGCCUUUUGGGGCUUUUCUUUCUCGGGAGCUAUCGCACUUUCUGCUGCUGCCUUGGACAAACGCGCUAGCAGUGUUUUGGCUGUGUGCCCUUUGACUAUUUGGGAACUGGAAGAAAAGAAAUGGAAAGGCGUCAUGGCGAAAUGCAUGCAGGAUCGAGAAAGCAGGAUGAAUGGCAACGUGCCAUUUUCCAUUCCAAUGGUCAGCAGCAACGGGCAGAAUCCAGCAGGAUUUGGAUCUGGUGUUGGUACAGAAGAACUCGAUCUAAUAACGGAAAGUAAAGACAAGAUCCCCAACUUCCAAGUUACGACCACAAUCCAGACUUACUGGCAUGUCAUGAGCUGGGGUGGUCCAUUUAAUUGUCUGAAAUGGUUGCAAGGGAUGCCCGUUCUUGUGGUCACGCCGGAAGAAGACCGUAUCUCACCAGCACAUAAACAGAAAGAGCUAAUAUUUGACGCGAUUCCUACGGUGGAAGAUAGCGUUUCUGGCGAGGAGCCCAAGAAAGAGUUCCACCUCGUCGCCACACGAGGGCAUAUGGAUGUCCUAGAUGGCGACAGCUUUCGGGCAGCGAUGGAUGUACAAGUCCGAUUUCUGAAAAAGUGGUCUAGAUCUUGAAAGGUACAUAGCCUUACCAGGUGGCGUCGCAGGCGGUUUUAGAACCCGAUUGAAAAAGGCAUGUACAAGAUUGCUUUUUAUUCUCUGCGUAGAAUAAGGUGACAUUGCGGACAAUGGUUUCUAGGUUGGUCUAUUAGGACCUUGAUUGGAACAUAAGUGUACCUACAUAUGAGCCGCUGUGCCAUACGUAGUGCACAAUAUGAGAUGAUAGGACAAUAGAUUCCACUCAUGUUAGUCCAUGCAGAGUUUUGCGCAGGAGGCGGAACCAACUGAAGAUACCGGAGUUAGAACUGGAGGCAGUCCUGCUCAGCCGCAGCC